AUGAAGGUCUACUAUCACGACAACCAGCCUGGCGAACCCCACCUCCCACACAACUCAGGCACCGAGCUUUCGCCCACAACCCUCUCAGAGCUUGGGGUUCUUUAUUAUUCCUUCCCACCAUCAUCCCCUGAUUCUGCCUCCCUUGUCGAAGACGUUGCUACUUCCCGCCAUUAUACAAAUCGAGAUGAGAUUAGUAGUUCUAAGCUCAUUGCGAGCGUCGGUCCCGCAGCCUAUGAGCAGGUCUUGAAGACGUUCUUCACCGAGCACAUGCACGAAGACGAGGAGAUUCGCUACAUACUCAAGGGCAGCGGGUAUUUCGAUGUUCGAGAUGCGGAUGAUAAAUGGGUCAGAAUCAAAGCUGAGACGGGUGAUUUCCUUGUGCUACCUGCUGGAAUCUACCAUCGAUUCACUCUUGAGGAAACUAACGAUAUUGAUAUGAUGCGCCUUUAUCAGAAUGCGCCUAAAUGGGCAGCCUUAAAUCGGAAUGAAGAAACAGAGGCCAAUCAGUAUCGUAAGGACUACUUGCUCGCAAGAAGUAAGGGGCGCGUGACUUGA